AUGGAGGAGUCAGAGCUGUGUGGACAGGAGCUGUGUGGACAGGAGCUGUGUGGACAGGAGCUGUGUGGACAGGAGCUGUGUGGACAGGAGCUGUGUGGACAGGAGCUGUGUGGACAGGAGCUGUGUGGACAGGAGCUGUGUGGACAGGAGCUGUGUGGACAGGAGCUGUGUGGACAGGAGCUGCGUGGACAGGAGCUGCGUGGACAGGAGCUGCGUGGACAGGAGCUGCGUGGACAGGAGCUGUGUGGACAGGAGCUGUGUGGACAGGAGCUGUGUGGACAGGAGCUGUGUGGACAGGAGCUGUGUGGACAGGAGCUGUGUGGACAGGAGCUGUGUGGACAGGAGCUGUGUGGACAGGAGCUGUGUGGACAGGAGCUGUGUGGACAGGAGCUGUGUGGACAGGAGCUGUGUGGACAGGAGCUGUGUGGACAGGAGCUGUGUGGACAGGAGCUGUGUGGACAGGAGCUGUGUGGACAGGAGCUGUGUGGACAGGAGCUGUGUGGACAGGAGCUGUGUGGACAGGAGCUGUGUGGACAGGAGCUGUGUGGACAGGAGCUGCGUGGACAGGAGCUGUGUGGACAGGAGCUGUGUGGACAGGAGCUGCGUGGACAGGAGCUGUGUGGACAGGAGCUGUGUGGACAGGAGCUGUGUGGACAGGAGCUGUGUGGACAGGAGCUGUGUGGACAGGAGCUGUGUGGACGGAUGGCAGCAGCACUUUCCACCCCAAGGGCCAGGCUACCAGCUCUUCGGGACCACGACUAUUAA